AUGUUGCAACUUGCUCAACAGGACGAAUCCAAUUCUCCCGAUGCUAAGAAAUUCAGCAUCAUUUCAGGAACGUCGUUUGGAUCCAGUUUCAUGGUACAAGCACGAUGGCCGGCCAGUGACAAGAUAAACAGCGUGGUGAAAUCGCUUCAACAACAAAUGGAUCUUGCCAAGUUCUACGAAGGUCAAGCUGGCGGGUUUGUUUGGCGCAAACUCGUUUAUGGCAAACAGCGUCAAAAGUCUGCUCAGUUCCCAGAAUAUUGA